CGAGUAUUAUUGUGGCAGUUGUUUUAGCGGAUGAUAGUGCCUUUAAGAAUCCCAAUUACACUCCUGGACAUGAUGUUAUGGUACAUCUGUUUGAAUGGACGUGGUCGGAUAUUGCGGUCGAGUGUGAACGUUUUCUGGGGCCCAAGGGUUAUGCCGGUGUUCAGGUUUCGCCGGUACAAGAGAACGUAGUAGUUCCGAAGCGUCCUUGGUGGGAGCGCUAUCAAACAAUUUCGUACCAAUGGACGACGCGUUCUGGAAAUGAGACUCAGUUCCGAGAUAUGGUGACGCGCUGCAACAAAGCCGGAGUGAGGAUUUAUGUUGACGUGAUAAUAAACCACAUGUCUGCGAACCCGGAAAAUCUUCUGAAGGAAAGAAAAACUGCGAGUGGUACAGGAAAUUCGACAGCUGACUUGGGGGCUAGAAAUUACAGCGCAGUGCCGUAUAAUAAUAGCGAUUUUCAUGCACCAUGUUCGAUUGAUAACUGGAAUGACCCUUUCCAAGUGAGGAAUUGUGAAUUGGUGGGGCUGCAUGAUCUCGAUCAGAAAGAGGAGUAUGUUAGAGGGAAAAUUGUCGAGUUUCUUAAUAAAAUCAUCGAUGCUGGGGUCGCUGGAAUCAGAGUUGACGCAGCGAAGCACAUCUGGCCAGGAGACCUCUCAGUAAUUUAUUCUCGCCUGCAUAACCUCAGCAUCGAUCACGACUUUCUCCCUGAAACGAGACCUUACAUCUACCAAGAAGUUAUUGACAUGGGUAGUGAAGUGAUAUCAAAGCACGAGUACAAUUCUCUUGGCGCCGUCACAGAAUUCAGGUACGGCUUAGAAGUAACUAGCGGAAUCCGAGGCGAAAAGUCUCUCAAAUGGUUCAAGAACAUUGGCGAGGAGUGGGGACUCCUUGCUGACAAGGACGCGCUCAUUUUUAUCGACAAUCACGACACCCAGCGCCACCCUGGCGUGUUGACUCACAAAGAACCUCGGCUUUACAAAGUGGCGGUGGCUUUCAUGUUGGCGCAUCCUUACGGAAAGCCCCGAAUUAUGAGCUCUUUUUCUUUCGAAAAUUCCGACCAAGGUCCGCCCGCAGAUUCUUUGGGCAAUUUGCUGUCGCCUUUGGGGGAAAAUAACAACACUAAUGGUUGCGCUGACGGUUGGAUCUGUGAGCAUAGAUGGCGCCAGAUUGUUAACAUGGUGGAGUUCCGCAAUGUGGCUGCGAAGGAACCGAUUUGCGAGUGGUGGGACAACUGGAACAAUCAAAUUGCCUUUUCGAGAGGCAGCCGGGCCUUUGUUGCUAUUAAUGCGGAUCAAUUAAAUCUUAAUCGGCGGAUCAAGACUUGCCUCCCUGAGGGUGUUUAUUGCGAUGUUAUUUCGGGAAAUCUUGAAGGAAAGUCUUGCACAGGGAAGAAGUUAGUUAUUGAUGCUGAUGGAUUUGCUAAUGUCAAUAUUACAAUGGGUGAGGAAGAUUAUGUUGUCGCGGUUCAUAUCAAUACGAAAUUGGAAUAAUAAAAAUGGAAAAACAAAUUUAUUUACAUGAAUAUCUUUUAUUAAUCAAUAUAAAUAUGAACAAAACCAAAAAGAUGAAUAUGAAAGAGAUUUAAAGAGAAGAAAGUUUAAAAGUAUCACAAAACUGCAGUAUUCUUAAAAAUUUAUUUUCAAAACAAAGUUUAUUUGUGAGAAUUCUUAAUAAUAUUUAUAUUUAUACUAUACAAAAUAUUAUCUUAUUAUUUUUAAGUGCUUCUUAUCCGUACAUUGACUGUUAAAUAUUAAAUUUGUAAAACUAAAUAAUGUAAUGUAAAUCUACGUUACCAUCUACGAACUAAAAUACUCAAACUUUUAUUUUGUAAUAUUUCCAUAAAUAAAUUUAUAAGUGACAUAUUUACAUAUGA